AAAAAAGCAAUUUCAUUUUAUUAUGAUUAUUAUUUAUUUUUAUUUCUAAACAAUCUCUAUCGGAGCUUUCUGUCUUUUUAGGGUUCCGAAAUUAGAUUCGAUCGUAUCGCAACUCCUCUCGGUUUUCUCACCCACCAUUUAAUCUCAUUUCAUUCUGUUUUUGUCCCCUUAAAUUACUUAUAUUCGAUUUUGGCUUCCUUAGGGUUUCGAAUUCGAUUACAGUUCUACUUGCAUUUGCAGUAUUUUUUAUUUUUUCUUUCCCAAAUUCGAAUUUUUGUCUUUUUAGAGUUAGGGUUUUGACCGAUGAUUCUCAUUAACUUGCAAUAAGUAAAGCUUUGAUGUUGAAGAAUUCUUUUUUUCUUGGUGGGUGGUGAGUUUUUGGUAAAUUAUUGACGCAAAUAUUUGCUGCAAACAUGGAUGCUUCACGAGAGGUUGGUGGCGUUCCAGGUCCAGUGCUUAUUCCAAUGCGGUUCGUGUGGCCUUAUGGGGGUAGAAGUGUUUUUCUCAGUGGCUCUUUCACACGGUGGUCUGAGCUUGUUCCUAUGACACCAGUGGAGGGUUGCCCCACCGUUUUCCAGGCUAUAUACAGCCUAUUGCCUGGAUACCACCAGUAUAAGUUUUUUGUUGAUGGAGAAUGGCGACAUGAUGAGCACCAACCUUAUGUGAGUGGCGAGUAUGGCGUAGUGAACACUAUCCUGUUGGCUACAGACCCUAGUUUCCUACCUAAUCCAGUAAUAUCUCCUGGACCUAAUAUGGAUGUGGAUACUGAAGCCUUCCAGAAUUUGGUUCGAAUUACAGAUGGUUCCUUGACUGAAGCAGUGCCAAGGAUAUCAGAGGCUGAUUUGCAGGGCUCCCGACACCGCAUUUCACUAUUUUUGUCAACACGCACUGUAUAUGAGCUACUACCCGAGUCAGGCAAGGUUGUUGCGUUGGAUGUUAAUUUGCCUGUGAAGCAAGCAUUCCAUAUAUUGUAUGAGCAGGGAAUCCCUCUAGCGCCGCUUUGGGACUUCACGAGGGGACAGUUUGUUGGUGUUCUUAGUGCAUUGGAUUUUAUAUUAAUUUUAAGAGAGCUUGGGAAUCAUGGUUCUAAUCUGACAGAAGAAGAGCUUGAAACACAUACUAUAUCUGCUUGGAAAGAGGGAAAAGCAUAUUUGAACGGACAAGUUGACGAGCAUGGAAGAGCAUUGCCAAGACUUCUUGUCCAUGGUGGACCAUAUGAUAAUUUGAAAGAUGUUGCUCUGAAGAUUAUACAGAAUGAGGUUGCUACUGUUCCAAUUAUCAAUUCAUCGACUGAAGACGGUUCUUUUCCCCAACUGUUACAUCUUGCUUCACUUUCUGGAAUACUAAAAUGUAUUUGCAGGUAUUUUAAGCAUUGUUCUAGUUCAUUGCCCAUACUCCAACUACCAAUUGGUGCAAUUCCUGUCGGUACAUGGGUUCCCCAAAUUGGAGAAUCAAAUGGACGGCCAUUAGCUAUGUUGAGACCAAGUGCUCCUCUUAGUUCAGCGCUAAAUUUGUUAGUUGAAGCUCAAGUAAGUUCAAUACCUAUAGUUGAUGAUAACGACUCCUUGCUGGAUAUAUAUUGUCGGAGUGAUAUUACAGCUUUGGCUAAAGAUAGGGCUUACACGCAUAUUAAUCUCAAUGAAAUGACAAUUCAUCAGGCACUGCAGUUGGGACAAGAUGCAUACGCUCCUUAUGAACCUAGAAGUCAGAGAUGUCAGAUGUGCUUACGUUCUGAUUCACUGCAUAAAGUGAUGGAGCGGUUGGCAAAUCCAGGUGUUAGACGACUUGUUAUUGUGGAGGCUGGAAGCAAGCGAGUUGAAGGCAUUGUUUCACUGAGUGAUAUUUUCAGGUUCUUGCUUGCUUAGGUCAAAACAAUGGCGGGAAAUCAUAAAAGGGGUUGACGCUGUUGCUGUGGUUUUGGGCUGCAAACUUGGUUUCUGCUAAUCAUUCAUUCAUGAUCCUACCCAACUGUUCGUUAGAGAAUCCAGUGCUUUGCUCGGUGACUUUGAUCUCAUUUCUCAUUGAAUAUACAAUUGGAUUGGCCUCUUUGCUUCGUUUCCUGGUUUUUUAGAAUAUCAGGCAAAAGGAAAAGAGGCCUGUAAAUUUGAGAGGAUUUCAUUCCCUCCGGAAAUUUGUUGGUCUUCUUCCCCGCUUCCCCUUAUUUUUAUUGACCUCAUUUGUGCUGCUGAUGUAGAUGGAAAUGUUACCGGCUAGCCAGGGACUUGUAUUAGUCUUUUGUCACCAUGAAGGCAAAAAAGGGAAAAAAAAAAGUAUAAAAAAAAGGAUGUGGUAAAAUUGUUUGGGGAAGGAAGAACAUUGAACCAUUGAAAUUAUUGUGUUAUGCUCACUUGUUAACCUGUAAUUGGCUUUUGGUUAUAUUUCACCUUUUUUUUUUGCA